AUGCACUCUCAUCAGUUCAUCUUCAUGAUCAUUGCUGUAAUGUGGAUAGUGAGAGUCACAGAAGCAUUUUCAUACACACCACGAGACACCGUCAUCCCUGCAGAGGACCUGACCAAAUACUACACUGCCCUGCGGCGCUAUAUCAAGCUCAUCACACGACAAAGGUAUGGGAAAAGAAACAGUCCUGAACCCAUGUUCCUGAGUCUGCUGUUGAGAGAGACACCAGGAAGCAUUCCUGAGUCCACAUAUGAGGAAGCAGGCACUGAACAUGACAGCAUCAGAUUCAAGGAAAUGCCAAUUUGA